AGUCAUGGGCGUGGCCCGCUAAGAAGGAGGAGACAAGAUGGCGGCGUCCGUGGGGCACGGGUGUCUGUGGUUACUGCAGAGGGUCGCGCCGUGGCGGAGCAGCCUCCGCCACUGUGAGAACACUGCCCCGAGCCACUUCCUACAGUCUUUACAGAAGCUGCCUCUUAGAGCCUUUCGCACAGAUACCAGAAAAGUCCACACUGCCCCUGCACGAACCUUGUUCCUGCUGCGCCCCCUGCCCAUUCUAUUGGUGACAGGUGGCGGGUACACAGGGUACCGGCAGUAUGAGAAGUACAAAGAGCGAGAGCUGGAGAAGUUGGGACUGGAGAUUCCACCCAAACUCGCUGGUCACUGGGAGGUGGCCCUGUACAAGUCGGUGCCAACGCGUUUGCUGUCGCGGGCCUGGGGCCGCCUCAACCAGGUGGAGCUGCCGCACUGGCUGCGCAGGCCCGUCUACAGCCUGUACAUCUGGACCUUCGGGGUAAACAUGAAGGAGGCUGCCGUGGAGGAUCUGCACCACUACCGCAACCUCAGCGAGUUCUUCCGGCGCAAGCUGAAGCCGCAGGCCCGGCCGGUCUGUGGCCUGCACAGCGUGAUCAGCCCGUCGGAUGGGAAGAUCCUCAACUUUGGGCAAGUGAAGAACUGCGAGGUGGAGCAGGUGAAGGGGGUCACUUACUCCCUGGAGUCGUUCCUGGGCCCACGCACCUGCACGGAGGACCUGCCCUUCCCACCAGCCACCUCAUGUGACUCCUUCAAGAACCAGCUGGUCACUCAGGAAGGGAACGAGCUCUACCACUGUGUCAUCUACUUGGCCCCCGGGGACUACCACUGCUUCCACUCCCCCACCGACUGGACAGUUUCUCACCGGCGACAUUUCCCAGGCUCCCUGAUGUCCGUGAACCCCGGCAUGGCUCGCUGGAUCAAAGAGCUCUUCUGCCACAAUGAGCGGGUAGUCCUGACCGGGGACUGGAAACAUGGCUUCUUCUCACUGACGGCCGUGGGGGCCACCAACGUGGGCUCCAUUCGCAUCUACUUUGACCGGGACCUGCACACGAACAGCCCUCGGUACAGCAAGGGCUCCUACAACGACUUUAGCUUCGUGACGCACACCAACAAGGAAGGCGUCCCCAUGCGCAAGGGCGAGCACCUGGGCGAGUUCAACCUGGGCUCCACCAUCGUGCUCAUCUUCGAGGCCCCCAAAGACUUCAACUUCCAGCUGAAAGCAGGACAGAAAAUCCGCUUUGGGGAGCCUCUGGGCUCUCUCUAGAGCCUCUUUGUGGCUGCUGAGGGCCUUUUCCGAAUAGAACCUGACUCUCCUAGAGGCAAAAUGCCACGAGGCCGUCCGGGUGGGGGGAUCUUACCAGGUAGGACUGGAAUGAUUCCAUUCCCACCUGUCUCAGAGGUGCAGACAAGAGGUUCUGGAUCCUUCCCAUGAGGUGGUCAGAGCCCCUGCCAUGCCCUCAACCUGUGCUGUUCCCUCCCCCCGCUGAGCAUCCGGUCGGUCCACCGUCGUUUCAAGGCGAUGACUGGUAACCAUGUAGUGUCUUGCUGCUGCUUCCCUCACCUGGGCCAUUUUCUGUCGGCCCUUUUUGCUUUUUUUUGGCCUUAACUCCCUGCACAGGGUGAGGUGCCUCCUUGGCACGGACUGUGGACACUGCCCCCCCACGGGGCCACACAGCCUUCAUGACAACUGCUUUUUCUUCCCAAAUUUACUUCAUUCGGCUCAUUGGAAAAAGCGGAAUCUUUCUUUGCACUUGUAGCUGAGCGCAUCACCCUGGACCUGCUGCUGUCUUCUGAGGACAGUGACUUACGAUGUAGACCGGCCUUCUGGAGCUGGCUUCUCUGUGUGGCAGGCAGGUGGCCCAGGGAAGAGCUCGUGUCCCCCUCCCUGUAUCCAGCCCCACGUGAAAUGUGGGAAGUUGCUGCCGUGGUGGAGGCAGAGGGAUCAGUGCCUAGAAACCCUGCCCCAGUUAGCGAGUACUCAGGCCGUGGGGAGCCCGAGGGUGAGGACAGGGCCAGAUUUCAUAUGGCUGCUAGGGACACCGUGGAUUUCUCCUGCAGGAGAAGUCAUGGAACUCUUUCAACUGUAUCAGUAGCACAGUAUUUUUGUAUGAAAAGUGGGAGACUUCUGAACAGUAAUUCAUUUAAUUGCAAAACAUUUUGAAAUAAAAA